CCUCUUCAGUAAAUAUCUGUGCGGGUGGAAGGCCACACUGUUGACUUUGAGUCCUGUCAUCUCAGGAAGGUAGUCAAGCCCCAUUGGUUAGGCCCCUCACCUUUCAGCCAAUCACAGGUGCAGCAGAUUUGCAUACAGGGACAGUUCCGGCACCUCAGUGCCAUUCUCACUGAGCACCUGUACGUGUGCCUGCUGCCGCCACAAAGCGAUCUCCCUCUCCACGCCUGCUAUCUCAGAGGCGAGAUGUGAGUGGAACCUGUUUCGCGGUGAGCUGCCAGAGAGAGCUCCCUCGGUCGCAGCAAUGCGUCCCCCCCGCACCUGCCUCCAGCUGCACCUGCUGCUGCUGCUUGCGGGGCCCGGGGUGGCGUGGGCCGCCGUGGCCGACAGCUUCAGGGACUGCAGCCAGUUCCUGUACAUGCGCACACCGCCGACGGGACUGCGCGGCCUGGACCUGAGGAGGAUCUGCCAGCGCUACGGCGACAAGCCGCGCUACGCCACGCUCUACGACCGCGCCCGCCGCCUCCCCAUCUACUCCGCCUACACCUUCAAGAAGUCGGACGGGCAGAGCCGGGUGGACACGCCCUGGAUGUACGAGCCGCAGAUGGCCUCUGAGGAAGAGGACAGGAACAUGAAGAUGCUGCCCCCAGACGGCGAGCUGGACCCACUGAUCGAGGAGAGCCAGGUGGUGCUGCAGGACUACACCGACGCCGUGAUGUACGAGCGCGGUCAGCUCAACCCGGACCAGCACCAGGCCGACAGCGAGGACAAGGCCGCCACCUACACCCUGACCAACGUGGUGCCGCUGGUCAGCUCCUUCCUGGACGAGUCCUGGGCCGCCUACCUGGAUGCAGUGCGCCGGAGGCUCAACAACUUCUGCAGAGGGACGUCGUACGUGGUGACGGGCGUGACCGUCUCCGGGGCGAUGAUCCGGCGGAACAACGUGGACCGCCUGGCCGUCCCGAGGUUCCUGUGGUCAGCCUACUGUUGCCCGCGUUUCGACAGGAACGCCCCCUACGAGGUGCGGCACAAGCUCCCCACCUACGCCGCCUACGGCCGGAAUGAACAGGUGGGCCACGGCGUGCUGGAGCUGCCUCUAAGGGCUCUGCAGACCUUCCUGAAUAACCAGACGGACGUGGACCGCAACCUGGCACUCUUCCACAGAGACUGCAUCACAGAAAACACCACCAAGAGGAGGAGGAAGAGGAAGAGGAAGAGGUAG